AUGGAGGCACUGAACAUCGACGUCCGUGUGCGAAGGGGUGGCCAGCUGCUGUACACGGCGACCACCUGGGCCGGGUAUAUUGGUCUACUCACUGCCCAGCGCCCUGGCCACUACGCCGUGGCCGUCAACUUUCGGGAGCAGGGUGAAGGGACGGAGUGUCGUCAAGAGCUCCCGCUGCCCGUGGGUCUUGCUGUGAGGCUGGCCAUGGAACGCAGCCGCUCCUACAACGACUUCGUCGAGUUUGUUGCAUCGGUUCCGUCCAUGGCGCCCUUCUACUGCCUGGUGGUCUCUGCCUCUGGCGAAGCUGUCCAAGUCACGCGGAACGCGCCGUGUGGUGAGGUGGGCAGGCGGGAGCUGGAGGAGGAAGGCGCGUACAUCGUCCAAGCUAACAUGGACUACUGGGACACAGACCCGGCCAACGAUACCCAACAGUCCCUGGUACGCUGCCAGCUGGCCGAGACCAUGCUGCAAGCUGCGGCUAAGAAGGGCGUCAUCGAGGAGAGCGACCUCUGGAUGGUUCUCUGGAAGGAUCCCAUCUUCGAGAGGGGCGUCACGCUGUACAGCAGCGUCAUGAACCCGGCCCGUGGUACCUUCCACUCCCUCUCCGAACCUCCUGAAGACGAUCCCGGCCCCCAGCGCGCCGCUGGCAAGCGGAGGAAGAGCCGAAAGUGA